ACCGGGACGCUGACAGGUCCACAGGCCUGGGAGACUGCUUUUGAUAGGCUUAGGUGAGCAAGAUAGAGCUGGAGCUCCUGUCUAUAAUAGUGCCACUGUAGGGUUCAUUUGUAUGCAAUACAUAUGGACUCUGGGAUAUAGAAACAUUGUUUUUCCUAAACAUCAUCUUUUUGGCUCUAAAGAAAGCCCUCAGAAGAUGGACUGUAUGAAGUGACACAUGAAAGCAGUAUCUCCCAACCGCAUUCGCUGGUCGAGCAGUACGCUGAAAGGAUCUGUGGGCGAUCCAAGGUCGAGAGAGGAGGAGCAGACUCUAACUUCCUCACCACACGAUCUCUGACCAACUUACACGUGCCAGGUGUGGACACACAACCUGGCCUGCAUGUUCACACACACGUGUCGCCUGAUACUUCACCGGACCUUGACAGAACAUGUCAGGUGGCGAAACAGGGGGGGAGUCCCAAGUUUAUUAUGCCCUUAGCUCCCCUCAGUAGCGGCUCCUCCCUCCUACGUCGGAAAGGCAGCAGUUUGGAAGGAGAUCAAAUUUGUGCCCAAAGUUUUCUCAACAACAGAGACCUGAGUUGUGAUCACGUCCAACCCUGUGUUCUCUGGCAAACCUUACAUGGGAUUACUGGCAAACUGUCCUCUGAAGGUUAUGAGGAGCUGAUACAUAAAGAAAAGCAUACAAUAAACUUUGCUGAGAAGUCUUCACCAGAGGGACAACUGGACUUACAACCCUGCAACACUUCUGAGUUUUUUUUCACAAAGAGAAAGACAAUAAUUGAGGAGAUUGAUGACCUCAGUAGAGAACUCUCAUACUUGGCUGUUGAACCUGCAGAUCAUUUCGUCAUCUCAGAGAAAAACUGUGUCGCAGUCAUCACCUUGGACUUAAAUGACCCAUUUGUUUCAAGGCCUAUAAAGACUGUCGCCACAGCCGUACCAUCUGAGAAGCCUGAGCUGAACCAGAAAAUAGCUGAGAGGAUGCCUCACAAAUCUCACAAGCACACCUCGGAGGGCAAAACACACUCCAAAAAGGACAAACCAGCAGGUCACCAUCAUUGUGCACAGGCAUCCAACAAGCAGGAGAGUUUAUCUCAUCACGUUUCAGCCCUGCAGGCCAACAAACAGCAAGAAACUCAUCCUCUUACUGUGGAAAAACAUAUUAGUGAGAACGCUCCAGCUGGACUUGAGGACAGUCAGGCUAAAUUGGGGACUGAAGCGGCAGCGGCAGCCGAGAAGGCUCCGAGCAAACCGCACGGCAAAAAGAAAAAGAAAACCGUUCAGAGUGUAGCAGCUCCGAAGAACGUAGGAGAGUCACCGGUUGACGAAGAUAAUGGAGCCAAACCAAAGACUGCAAAAGGAAGGAUUGAUAUGUUCGAGGCCAAGCUGGGUAAUAAAGUGGAGAAAGCUCCUAAGGGCAGUGGUCAUUCAGUUGGAGCUGAGAAAAAGUCCCAGCAGCUGCAGGCUAAAGCUUCCCAGGCUGAACGACCUCCGCAUCUUGCAGAGAAUAAAGACCGUCAGCCCAAGAAGUUCACCAGCCCUCUGAAAGAUGAUGUUAUUAAAAGACGACGCCUGUCAGAGGAUAAGUUUGGGAAGAUAGUUAGUGCUUUGGAGUCUAAACUACCAAAGCCAGAUGUUUAUAACAAAGCAAAGGCAGAGGAACCAAAGGCUGAUGCUGACGCAACUCGUAAAAAGGCAUACAGUGAAGUGGUCAAACAGAAUAUCACUCCUAAGGAAGAGCCAAAGGUGGUGCAGCCCAUCCAGACAGUGUCAGUGAGUGGGGACCCACAGAGUCUGUGCCUGUGGUGUCAGUUUUCAGCCGUCUUCUCCGACUACACUGUCACCUGGAGCAGAGAGGGCGCCGUCCUUGCUGAGAUCAAGAGAAGUGCAGGGGAUGAGAGCAGAGUGUCCCUCACCAUCUCCAACGCUUCCCAAAAAGACUUGGGCAAGUACCAGUGUCGGCUCAGCAGCUUGCACGGAUUGGUCACUCUGGACUACCUGCUAACAUACGAAGUGCUCUGUGAGAUAGUCAUUCCUCCAUCCCCAAAGACAGCCUCAUCUGCUCUUUUAGAGGUGGGGAGCGAAGAGGAGGAUGCCCACUGUUGCAGGCUGAUGUUCAAGGAGGAUUUCCUAUCUGACCAAUCCUUUGGGGACAACCAUCCCGUCAGCAUCCUCACUGAGAAGGUCCACUUUGGGGAGGGAAUGCACCGGCGGGCUUUCCGGACAAGGCUGCGGACGGGUCAGAAGCCUCUUCUGUUGCCGGGACACUCUUGUGUGCUCAAGGUUCACAACGCCAUCAGCUACGGGAUCAAGAACAACGACGAGCUCAUUGAGAAGAACUUCACCUUGGCUGUGGAAGAGUGUCGGGUCCAGAACACAGCAAGAGAGUACAUCAAGGCGUACACUGCUGCAGCUCAGUCUGUUGAAGCCUUCGGCGAAGUCCCAGAGAUCAUCCCCAUCUACCUGGUUCACCGUCCAUCCAACAACAUCCCCUACGCCACGCUGGAGGAGGAGCUGAUCGGCGACUUCGUCAAGUAUUCAGUCAAGGACGGCAAAGAGAUCAACCUGAUGAGGUGUGACUCGGAGGCCGGACAGAAAUGCUGCGCUUUCCAGCACUGGGUCUACAACAACACCGACGGCAACCUGCUGGUUACUGACAUGCAAGGUGUCGGCAUGAGGCUCACGGAUGUGGGCAUAGCCACCUGUAAGAAAGUAUACAAGGGCUUUAAAGGAAACUGCUCCACCUCCUUCAUCGACCAGUUCAAGGCUCUGCACCAGUGCAACACGUACUGUGAGAUCCUGGGCCUCAAAUCCCUGCAGCCUAAAGCCAAAAAGCCAGCGUAUGCUCCGAAGCCCAAACCCCAACCCCCUGCCGCGCCCAAGAAGAAAACGUUUGGGCCCACAGUGAAGGGGAAGUCGUAACCAGAGGGGAACUCUUUGGUCUAAGAGUUUUGGUUAUUGGAGAUGACUGGUCAUAUAAGAGAUUAUUUCAUCUCAUGUUGAACAUUUGAGAUGCAUAUGAAAUAUAUAUUUUUAUUUCAAUGAAGAGUUUGUAUGAGAGUUUGUGCGCUGUAGUUAUAACAAAUUCCACAAGUUCUGGGAAAACUGUGACAAACACUUGAAAGCGACAGAAGGGGCAGUUUAUCUACAGUGACAAACUGUGGCGUCUUACUUCGCUCCAUUGAUGAUGUGUGAUGAUUUUGUCUUUACAGGUCGAUGCGUUGUUUUCUUGUUUUUCUACUUGGAUGAUGUUUUCAAACCAUUAGUUCAUUAAAUUAAUGAACUUUUUAAUUCAUUGCUUUUGGGGAAUAUCUUUGAAGUAGGUUGUAUGAUAAAUACACAGGAUUAAAAACACAGUAUGUUUUUUGGAGUUGACUUAUGGUAUAAGCGGGUCUUUUUUGUGCUUGGGUUAGGAUGAACGUUCUGUAUUUUCAGUUUAAUGUGGCAUGAUUAUAACAGUGCUUCAUUGAGUAAUUCACAAUAUUGUCAUAUAUGUACUGUGGAAAAAGCACUACAAAAGAAAAACAGAUUCUUAAACAGAUUUAUUCAUUUGUCAUUUUACUAUCAGUUCUGUUUGUUGGAUUGAUUUCUGGCAUUACUUCGUGGAUCCACACGGCUCUGGUUCAGCUCAGGGGUGAAAAACUAAAACCAAUAAUCAAUUAUCAAACCACACUGUAACUUGACGGCCGCAGCCAAAUCGACGGUGUAAUCUCAAUAUAGCGUCCCGGCUUUUAAACUAAUGUCUCGGACUGCCUCUAUACGAUAAGCCUCUCCUAUCCUAUAAUGUCAGAGUUGCCUUUUUAAAUCCCUGUCCCAAAUUGUUGACAUGGCUCUCAGGCUGUGGCUAUGUGACCAGUGUGUGAAGCGAA